AUGCUUACAGUAGUCAAGAAGGCCUGCAAGCAUAUUGUCAGGGCGCCUGACGAGGACGUCCCGGUUGUCUCUCCUCAGGAUUGGGCUAGGAACUUCACUCGGGACCCCACGCAGCGGGCGACAGCAUAUGUCACCAGCCUCUUCCCUAUCUUGGGUUGGAUCACUCGCUAUAACUUCGGAUGGUUCAGCGGAGAUAUCAUCGCAGGUUUGACCGUUGGUAUCGUGCUCGUCCCUCAGAGCAUGUCGUAUGCUCAGAUCGCGACGCUACCGCCGGAGUACGGUCUCUAUUCCUCUUUUGUCGGCGUCUUGGUCUACUGCUUCUUCGCGACUUCGAAGGACGUCUCAAUUGGACCGGUUGCCGUCAUGUCUCUCACCGUCGCCCAGAUCAUCCGAUACAUUAACACGAGCUAUCCCGACAAGUGGGGAGGUCCGCAGAUCGCGACCACGGUUGCCUUCGUCUGCGGUUUCAUCGUCCUCGGCAUCGGUCUUCUUCGUCUGGGUUGGCUCGUCGAGUUCAUUCCCGCGCCCGCUGUCAGCGGCUUCAUGACAGGAUCCGCGCUUAACAUCGUGUCUGGCCAACUGCCUGGACUUAUGGGGAUCAGCGGCUUUGAUACCCGAGCGGCGACCUACGAAGUAUUCAUCAAUAUGCUCAAAGGCUUGCCUCGGACUAAGCUAGAUGCUGCGUUCGGAAUCACUGGUUUAGUUUCACUGUACUUCAUUCGCUGGGCAUGCGACCGACUCACCCGACGCUAUCCCUCAAGAGCUCGGCUGUUUUUCUUCUUCUCCGUCUUCCGCAACGCCUUCGUUAUCGUCGUCCUCACGAUUGCAUCCUGGCUGUACUGCAGAAGCCAUGUCACAAACGGGAAGUACCCCAUCAAGAUCCUGCAAACCGUUCCCAGCGGUUUCAAGCAUAUUGGCCAGCCCACGAUCGACCCAGAGCUUGUGAAGGCGCUCGCUCCCCAGCUCCCUGUCGCCACGAUUAUCCUAUUCCUGGAGCACAUUGCCAUCUCCAAAUCAUUUGGCAGGGUGAACGGUUACAAAAUCAACCCCAACCAAGAGCUCAUCGCCAUCGGCGUAACGAACACUAUCGGAACGCUCUUUGGCGCCUAUCCCGCCACGGGAUCCUUCUCGCGCUCCGCUCUGCAGUCGAAGUCAGGCGUGCGAAGUCCGGCAUCGGGUCUCUUCAGUGCUAUCGUGGUCAUUGUCGCGCUGUACGGCCUCACACCGGCGUUCUUCUGGAUCCCCAGCGCGGGCCUUUCCGCGGUCAUCAUACACGCUGUUGCCGACCUUGUCGCCUCGCCCAAACAAGUUUACUCCUUUUGGCGCGUCUCCCCUGUCGAGUUCGUCAUCUGGUUCGCCUCCGUGCUCGUCACCGUCUUCGCUACCAUCGAGGAUGGUAUCUACACUUCGGUCGCAGCCUCGUUGGCUCUGCUCCUUAUCCGUAUUGCACGUCCUCGCGGACAGUUCCUCGGCAGGGUAACGCUGCAUAACACGAAGGAGUCCAGUUCUCGGGAUGUGUACAUCCCUCUGAAGCCGAAUAAGUUCCUCAUGAACUCCGAGGUGAAGGUUGUUCCUCCUUCUCCCGGCAUUGUGGUGUACCGCUUCGAGGAAAACCUCCUAUACCCCAAUUCCUCCUUGGUGAACGACGCUAUUGUGGACUACGUCAAAGUACAUACCAAACGAGGGAAGGACAUGGCAGGGGUCAAGGCAAGCGACAGGCCGUGGAACGAUCCUGGCAAGAACUCCAACGUCGAGGCCGAGGAUAAUGAGUCGAAGCCCCUCCUUCAUGCCGUUGUCCUGGACUUCUCCACAGUACCACAUAUAGAUACUACUGGUAUUCAGGCCUUGAUCGACACUCGUAUGGAAGUCGAGAGGUGGGCUGACCGUCCUAUUGAGUUUCACUUCGCUGCAGUUCUCUCCCCGUGGAUUCGACGAGCCCUGAUCGCUGGUGGAUUCGGUGUCCGUAGCAAAAGUGGGUACACCCAUUUCCACGAGGAAAUUGCGCCGGUCACUCGGUAUCACGAUCAGUACAUUGCGGACCCCGAGCAUGUGGAACGCGUGGUAGAUGUGGUCGGGAGAGUGGUCGAUCCGGAAGCAGGCAUGAGUAGCAUCCAAAUCAACACUGGCAGUACACGGUCCUCCAGCGAGGGCACGGUUCAAUUCGUCCCGAACGGGUCCGGGUUGCUUAUGCUGCCGGAUACACCUUUCUUCCAUUUGGACUUAGAGUCUGCCGUGAAGGCGGCUGAGAAGGGGCUGUCUCCGACACCGUCUAUCCUCGAUGCUGGAUCAGUGAAGGGACCCGGAGGUGACUGA